UGUCAGCUGACUGCCGGUGUGAGGUGGAGGAGGAGAAGGGUGCACAGGCCGAAUGAGAGGAGCUGUGUAUGGGGGAGUUGUGUGGUGACAGGCCGCACACUGGAGUCAUGUACAGAGGAGAGGACACUGCCCUCUGACCAGGUUUGCACCCCUAUUUUAAAAAUGGGUCCCACGCAGUGGGAUUUCCCUGUGGAGCUAUGCUGUCGUCCAAUGGCCUUCGUGACCCUCACUGGGCUAGAUGUGACAUACAAUGCUGUCCACAGAGCGAUUUGGGAUGCAUUUUGCGCCAACAGAAGAGCAGACCGGGUGCCCAUCUCAUUUAAGGUCCUUCCUGGUGAUCACGAGUAUCCAAAAUGUAGGACAAAGAGAACAUCAUAUGAAUGGUACAUUCCUAAAGGCAUCCUCAAGACCGGAUGGAUGAAUAAACAUUUGAACCUGGUACCUGCUCUGGUUGUUGUGUUUUAUGAGCUGGAUUGGGACGAGGCCCAGUGGAAAGAGAAGCAGUCGGAAUGUGCAACUAGGGUGGAAAUUGUAAGGCAAAGCUUGCAAGGAAGGAAUACAAAGGUUGCUGUGGUUUUAAUUCAGAAGAAAACACCAUUACCACCAGGUGAAGAUCUGAUUGCUUCAGAAAGAGCUGCCGCUCUUUGCAAUGCCUGUGAUCUUUCAGGAAAAUCUCUAUUUGUGCUCCCACACACUGAUCACUUGGUGGGCUACAUUAUUAGGUUAGAGAAUGCAUUUUAUGAGCAUGCGCAGACCUAUUACUACACUGAAAUCAGAAGGAUAAAGUCCCACAAGGAGUUCUUAAAUAAAACCACUCAUCAGCUGCUGUUUGUAAGGCAUCAGUUUAAGAUUGCUUUCUUCAGUGAACUGAAACAGGAUACACAGAAUGCCUUGAAGAAUUACCGGACAGCUUAUAACCUGGUACAUGAACUGAGGGCUCAUGAAACAAACAUGCUGGAGAUAAAAACUAUGGCUGGCUUUAUAAACUAUAAGAUCUGUCGCCUAUGUUUCCAACACAACACUCCUCUAGAUGCCAUUGCUCAGUUCAGAAAGCACAUCGAUUUGUGCAAGAAGAAAAUAGGCAGUGCUGAGCUGUCCUUUGAGCAUGCUGCCUGGAUGUCUAAACAGUUCCAGGCUUUUGGGGAUUUGUUUGAUGAAGCUAUUAAGUUGGGGUUG